CGACCCGAAUGCUGCGGAUCUGUCAGAAAUUCGCCGGAAGUCGAUCGCUCCAGGUGAGCUCUCCAUUGGGUUCGUUGGACAAUUCUUCUCAGUCCCCAGUAAUUUUAUCUUUUCCGGCUGUCGGAGCAAAUCCGUUCGUUGCUUCCGAGCUGAGGUCGGAGUUAUUGCAAUUCAAGCGGCUGAAAUGCUCGCCAUGAGUUAGAAUUUCCCCAAAUCUGCCGGGGGGUCCGAUCAAUCGCCACUCCGGGUGUCAGCUCGCCGGGGAUCACCUCGACGGCCGGGAGCUAUGGACCCCUCCAUCAUGAAGCUCCUCGAGGAAGACGAGGACGAAUCGAUGCAUUCGGGGGCUGAUGUCGACGCGUUCCAGGCUGCUCUGAAUCGAGAUAUAGGUGGAGACACCUCCACUUCUCUGCCUCAUGCUUCGGGAUGGCAAUCUACUAUGACAGAUGAAAAUCCCAAUCAUCAAGCUCAACAAGACCAAGGAGAUGCACAUCAUCGGGAGCAGCUCUUAUCAGAAAUGGAGCAGAAACAGCAUGGUGAUCCCCCACAGAAUAUUGCCCCUGAAGCCAAUCACCAACUUUUGCAUCAGAAACAGUCCCAGGACGAAAAUCAACAGCGACUGAGUGAACGAAUUCCUCACCAGAUUCCACAAAUGACAGGGAUGCACGUAUCAGAGAAGACCUCAAUUCCCAUGAGCGGUUCGGACAGGACGCAUGCUCCUGAGAGCGAACCGCAGUACUUAAAAUUGCAGAAGAUGAGCAAUCAACAGGCAAUGGCCUCUGAUCAAGCAAAUAAUCGUCCGAAUCGCCUUAAACAAGUGCCUUUUGCACUGUUGUUGCCUGUUAUCUUACCUCAACUUGACAAAGACAGAGCCAUGCAACUUCAGACUCUUUACGUGAAACUGAAAAAAAAUGAGAUACCCAAAGAAGGAUUUGUAAGAAUUAUGAGAGGAAUUGUCGGGGAUCAAAUGCUCAAGUUGGCGGUGACAAAGAUGCAACAGGCGGGUCCCCACCAAUUCCAUAUGCAAGGUGAAGCUUCAGCAUUGCAGAACCAUCCAAGAAUGCAAUCUGCUCCCCCUGCAAAGUUCAGUGAGUCAACAGGCCAAGAUAGGGAAAAUUCCUCAGCACCAAUACAAGGACUUAACAAGCAGCAGCAACAACAACAACAUCCACAGAAUAUCCAGACGUCAUUUCCUAUGUAUGGAAGUGGAGGUUCUUACCAUCCAUUUGGUGGGACGAAUGUCAGCGGUUCUGCAUCAUCUAUCAAGUCUCAACCUCACGACUUUCAAAUGAAGCAAAUGUCUAAUCAUCAAAAUAUGGGUCCAAGUCAGACAGGAGGCAUAGGUCAAGCCAUGAGUGCUCCAGGUGGGCCUAAAUUUGAAAGGCCAAAUUCUAUUAACGAUCCAAAAAGGAUGCAGAGCGGCUCUUACUCUCCUUUUACUAACAAUGUACCCUCGCCACAAGGUUCAACCCCUUGGAAAUCAUCAAUAAAUAAAGAUCAAACUUCUGGCCCUUUCUCAUCAUCGUCUUAUGAGUCAACUGAUCAGUCUGCUGGACAGACUGAACCGAAAUUUCCAUUAUCAGGAACUUCAAAGGACAAUUCUCUAGAGCCGCAAUCCCCUGGAAUGAGUUUCUUGAAUGCUGCGAGCACUGGCUCUUCACUUGCAGAAUCUCUCCCUAUAGCAUCUUCUGAGGACCCAAAUGUCCAGGUAGGGUCCCGGUUAACAACUUCACCCGGAGGAAAUUCGAGAACACCUUCCAAAAAGCCUUCUAUUGGCCAGAAAAAACCACUUGAAUCACUUGGUUCUUCACCGCCCUCAAGUAAGAAGCAAAAAGUAUCCGGAGCCUUUGCAGAUCAGAGCAUUGAACAACUCAUUGAUGUGACUGCUGUUAGUGGCGUGAAUCUCAGGGAAGAGGAGGAACAACUCUUUUCUGGGCCCAAGGAAGACAGCCGAGCUUCAGAAGCAUCGAGGAGAGUUGUGCAAGAAGAAGAGGAAGCACUCAUCUUACAGAGAGCUCCCCUACAGAAAAAAAUCGCAGAGAUCAUGAGCAAAUGUGGGGUCAAGAAUAUUGGCAAUGAUGUGGAGCGAUGCCUCUCACUGGUUAGGUGUAUGCAUAUUCGUUGUUGUUUGCACAUUUUUAUAUUUUCUCAUGCAAAUAUGAAACUGAUUUUUCAGUGCGUAGAGGAAAGGAUGCGGGGACUUCUGUGCAAUUUGAUCAGACUUUCAAAACAGAGGGUGGAUACUGAGAAGUCUAGGCACCGCACAAUCAUUACCUCAGAUGUUCGCCAUCAGCUUACAAUAUUGAAUCGAAAAGCCAGGGAAGAAUGGGAGAAAAAGCAGGCAGAUGCAGAAAAAUUACGGAAACUUAGUGAGCCAGAAGGUAGUAAUGCAGCUGAUGGCGAUAAAGAGAAGAACGAAGGCCGUGGGAAAGUGGUUAAGGCAAACAAAGAAGAAGAUGACAAGAUGAGAACGACAGCUGCAAAUGUUGCUGCACGAGCUGCUGUUGGAGGAGACGAUAUGUUGUCGAAAUGGCAACUGAUGGCUGAACAAGCCAGGCAGAAACGCGAGGGGGGAAAUGAAGGGGCAUCAGGCUCCCAGCACAGUAAAGAUUCUAACCGUAAGUCCACUUCAGCAUCUGGUAGGAGUGGGAAGGAGCUUCAGGAAUCAGGAAAACGGGGGCAAUCAGCUUCUGCAGGGGUUAUGAGAAAAUUCAGGAGAAGCCAUGGGGUUCCAUCUCAACCUAGAAUAGCGCGUACCAUCUCUAUUAAGGAUAUGAUUGCUGUCCUCGAAAGGGAGCCUCAGAUGUCCAAGUCAAGUCUGAUAUACCGCCUCUAUGAUAAAGUCCAUUCUGACACUGCUGCUGACUAAUCCGUGGGCGAUGAAUCACCCAAAAGUUGAUAUGGCGUUGCUUUUCUGCCCUGUAAAUGCUGUGCAGGUGAAGAAAACACUUGGUUCGAACUAAUUAAGCCUCGGCGAUGGGUGAUGCCUCGUGUUCCUGCCUGUCUUUAAAGCGUGAAUUAUGGUUCUCCCAUGUGUAUCAGAUGAGGUUUGGGCUAUCUAUCAUGGACUGCUCUCUUCUAAUCUAACUCGUCCCUACUGAUCCUGCUGGGGUCUUCACUGAUGCGAUAAUUGGAGCUCCAAUGCGGUUAAUGUCAAGAAGGGGAAGGAAGCUGCCAAAGCCGAUACUGCUCAUAGUCCGUCCUUACUGCGUUUGCGUAUGUAUGAUAAUCUGAGCCGAUUGCUCCAAUUGUGAGAACUCCAUCAGGCUGAAAGAUGUUAUUGUGCCAAUGUGUCCAGAGCUUCCUCUGUAAUAUGUGACUGUUCCUUGUUUAUGUAUAUAGAGAUUGUGGAUGCUCCCCUGUUCACACGAUAAGCUGAUAAUGCUUGGUUGGUUGUUGCUAUAAAUUACUCGAGAUCGGAAAAAAGCAACUAUAUUGUACUCUA